AUGGCGUCCGCCGCGCGAGUGCCAUUUCUUGAGCAGCAGUACUACCACAUCGCGCUGCCCCGCAACGUGCCUGGCCGCGAAGAUGGCAACCUGCAUCACGUCGAGGAGGCUCUCUUGAAGCGUAUGCUUGACGCCGUUGCGAGGCUUUCCCCCCAUGUCGCUGCAGAUGUUGCUCCGCACGUCCAAGGACUGCGGAAAACAUUGCUCGCAUGUCAAAUUCUCAAUGUCGACGGAACCAUCGGCAAGGCGGCGCUGAUGAAAGAGCUUCGCGACUUCAGCCAUGGGAAAAUGCUUGUUUUGCACAUCGCACCUCAGAACUGCGCUUUGCUCGUGUAUCCCCACGACACCUCCGGCGAGCGCAACAUCAUUUUUGAAGCAUUCGAGACAUCUGCCACAGCCGACAAGGUGCUUGCUGCCAAAGGCGCGCUACAAUGGGACUUCCCCGGCUGCGCGGUAUCUGUCCCAGCAUCGACCAUCAACGAAGAAGCUUUCCAGGAAGCUGUCGCCACUUUCAUCGAACAAGCUAGCAGCGAGUCGGUCACAAAGUUUGCCGCUAUCACUUGGAAGGCAGCCGCCACGAUCCCCGAGAUCCGAGACACCAGCGAUCCCGCUCUCAUAUCUGGCUUGUUGAUGACUAUACUGGAGGCCAAUGGCGCUGCAGUUGCAGUUCCUCGUCUACGGAAGCGCGUGCGCGACACAGUUACCUUCGAUAAUGCUCGGACACCAUGGAGGAGAUCCGCUUUCUAUCUGGUCCUCCGAGUAGCAGCCCAGCGCUACUUGUAUCACCACCUAGGUGCGGAGGUUGGAAGUCUACACUACAAGACGUUGAUGUGUCUCCUCCAUGCGCAGCUAUUGGAAGAUGUAUUGAAAAAGAUCCCUCUCGAUGCAGCAUACUCACUCCGUCAGAAGCUGGGUCGUCGUCUCGCCAAGCUUAACUCCGAUGUGCAUGGCGCCGAAAGGUCCGCCUUCAACAGGCAUUCUAAUCUCCUGCUGUCCUUGAGUGGUAGUUUCGAAUCCGCCCUGGCAACGACUGGUGGCUACUUGAAGCAAGUCUGGCGUAGUCACAGCAAGUUGCGGGAGCGUCGAAUCCCAAAGCUACGUCAACACGCCCAUCCAGAAGAAGUCCAACUUCGCUUGACGAACAGCGGUAGAUUCUUGAGAGGGGUGCUAGUUGAGCAUGCAUAUUCUCAACGACCUCAACAACGGACUGCUCCCGAGCUUCUGCAGCUGUUCGAGCGAUCUGUCGCUUCUGUCAGGCCCUACAUGCGAGCUCUGGAAAGCCACAUUGCUUCGUCAAAGCUCCUCAAGAACGUCGUUCUUCCUGCGAAGCAAUCAACGCAACCACAAGGUCUUCGAGCUCUCCGGUUGAGUAACGUCAUUCGCGAGUACGUCACCAACAUCAAUGCGGUAGACCAGGCGUAUCCCAACCAGAAGAGCCAGCAGCUACUCCAUCUCAUGGAGCUUUGGGUUCUCAUGGAUAAGGAUGCUGUGAACUGUUACCCACUGCUCGAGGAGUAUCAUCCUGGGUUCGAUCCAGAUUUGUUGGAUCCCAUUCAGCUUCUUACACGCGAAGAAAUGAUUCGGAGUCAGAAAGUACGCAUGUAUCUAAAAGCUCGGUUUCGCGCACGAUCAAGCCCGCAGUCCAGGACUAUCUUCGCCGAACCUGCAGACGAUUGCUUUGCUGCACAGUAUUACGAUCGAGAAGACCAUCAGGGCGAAUUGUGUGCCAUGCGAGAAGAAAUUGAGACAAAAGCCGACAGUGCCUACGACGCCAAGCAUACUGAAUGGGAAGAGAAGAGCCAGCGCCAUGCUCAGACCAUCGACAACCGAAAUGAAAAGGAGUGUGUUUGGGAUGCUUUCGUUGCCUGGGAUGGCAUGCCUGAGUCGCGUCAUCGACUACCGUGCGAAUGGCAUGACCUCAAUCGAGAAGCUAAGGGGAUCAGGAUCCAGAUCUAUGAGCACCCGUUGCCAAGCUAUGAGCCGGCUGCCAAAGCAGCACUAUUCGAGCUACAAUGCCCAGAGGUAUUCGCCGCUUACCGAGACGCAACAUGGCUUAUACUGUCGACUCUGUGUCGCGAACCCACCGAAAAGCUUGAUCGGAUGUCGCUCAUCCGGGAAUACACGCAGCUUCUUCCGUACGUCAACAAAACCAGCUGUCAAGUGACUCUGGGUUCGCACAAGAAGGCUCAUCUAGAGUGUCACUACGCAAAUUGGGGUUUCCCAAUCGGACUAGAGGAAGUCAUUCGAACUUGCGGCCUCAAGCCUAGGUAUUUCGAUUGCCUUGGUGGAGCUUGGACAGAUAUGUCUGGAAAAGCCUCGUUUUGGCAUCACUUCCCCGUGAAGCUGCCUCUGAACUCGCCACUCAUGUCACUUGACCUGAAUUACUUCCUGUGGCCGACAUCGAACGAGAUCCAGGCAAACCAAGCUAGAUGUCCUCAAGGCGUUGGCGUCCACGAGUUCACAGCACUCCAAGGUCUCUUGGUCGGCACUCAUUCAAGGUGGCUCGACCUGCUCAGGGAACUUGGCUCAACCAAUCUGAAUUUCUCGUCGGAGUCCACAUGGUCGCUCGUCCUGCGUCUAGUAUUGCAGCUGGGGUCAGACCGUGUGGCGGAAUCUGAAUACACGGAAUCUCAUCGCUCAUUGUUGGAUGACAGUAUUUGCAGCAAGCUCUUCCAGCAGGUUUGCUACCGACUAGAAGCGAUCCGAAGGAACUGGCGCGAGCCCGUACAGAUGGAGAUCCUCAUUACCAUCCUACUCAAGGUUACCUCACUAAGCCCAAGCACAUCAGUCCGCAACGAAGGCAGAACAAUUUUGCAUGAAGCCCGCAAGAUUACCGACGGCUGGCGUCGAGAGUUGCAACCGAUGGUCACGGAAGAUCCAAACGUGUUACAGCCAGCUAUAUGGGCGUCACUCCUAUGCAAGCAGACAAUGCACAUUGACGACUGGUCAGGAGCCCCUGAGGGUCUUCGCAUGUAUAUUGAUGCUUCAAUCUCGCUGCGAUACAACUUGGCCGGGAGAUACGACACAAUGCCGUUCAAUAUGCGCAACGCCAUCGCUCAAGAUACUCUCUUCGCUUACGAGCAUCGUGAGGCCAUGAAAGAGGUCAUCAUGAGAAAUGCGGACACAUUCAGAGCUGCUUUAGACGCUGUAUGGCAUGUACCCGGGGAAUGUGACAUUACCGAGCCCGGCUUGGCGGUCGUUCCUGAUACUUGGUACCUAUCAUAUACAUUGCAGUCAACGGCGGAGCAGCACUCCUACUUCGUGCAUUAUGACUAUGUCUACGGCACCCUGCUCAUCGACGGGCAAGAGAUGGGAACGCUUCCUCAGUCGUAUCGUAUGGAUGAGACCUUUCGACACGUCCUUGGCGUCAAGAAUCCGAUUGUUUACCCAUCUCCUCUACGUGGCAUGGAUUUCGCUUUGUCAGAGUCCAUACGUGGUCAUCGAGUUCAUCUAGGCUACCGUAACAAGCGCCUGAUUAUUCGGGCUGACCACAACGGCGAGCUGCUCGAAUUUAUUCCUAGCCAUGUCUUUGGUGUGGAAGGCCCUACACCCGAUCUUCCUAGACCGUUGGUUGAAGCUUGCUACCACUGGCUACAUGUCUACAGUGGUCAUGUCGAGAUUCGCCAGAACUCUCCUUGGGUGCUUAGGCACGGGAAUUGGUGGAUACGUUGGCACCCGUCCGGCUUCUACCAUGCUGUUCGGCGGUUCCAAGAUCCAUCGCAGACAACUUUGUUGGACGCGGGAAGUGCAUUGGUCAAGACCAUUACCCGGAUCUUCACUCACUUUGAAUUCCCCUCCCAGAUCCUCGUAUUCGCGUCAACUAACGGAAGAAUCACCGUGGAAUUGAAGCGAAUGGAAUUGAGCUUUCAUAUCAACCAAGAAGGCUUGCUACAUUCGUUGCGACUCGGUGCCGUCAUUCUACAAAACCAAGAUGCGGGUACCUGGUAUGGCCUCAUGAACAAGAUCGUCGUCCAAUCUGUUGCCAAUCGUCGGCAGAAGAGCAUACUGAUUCCUUGGGGAGGCAUUCGGGUUUCGAAGGACGGUCACCAUGUGUUCGUUGACAUUGAGAUGGGCCAAGGCGUAUACCUCAAAUACGCGAUCAACGAUGUCUUGGGACGCAUCGACUGCGCGCCGGAACCUCGCCUUCUUUAUAUGAAAGCCUUGCUACAUGCCUACACAUCGCAUGCUAUUGCCGAUCCACUGACCCGGAGGACGGGUAAAGAAGAGGCACUCUAUCUCCUCCAAACGGGCGCCUACCAACCUUGGAACCCAUUGCUACAUGACGAGACUUCUACGUUGAACUGCAUUGCAAAACUAUCACCGAAGCGAGGAUAUUACCCGCCAGACGCCAGAUGUAUGGAGACGGUACUGUGGCGUCCUGAAUGCACGGUGCACAUGCAAGACGAUCGCUAUGCCAAUGCGGUCGCUAAGAUAUUGCAAACUUCUUCCGACUUGUCCCAGUUCUACCUCGACCGCAACAUUCAGGAGACGGAAAAGCGAGACCCAGAGAUAGUCCAUCUGGCUGCUCGAGCGGUCGCAAGAUCCGUUGAUUGCGAAACGAAAAAAAAUGGUAACUGCGACACUACCUAUAGCGCACGCGAUGCUCGGAAAGCUUCACGAGACCGCCUGAAUGUGCUCGAGGUAUCGAAGUUGCUCCUUAAUUGGAAGUCAACUUGCUCACUAGACACCACACUAGUCGCGCUUCUUCACGAUGCUCCGGUCGUGGGCGGUUAUGACAAAUACUACCGUAAAUGUCUACUUACCGACCACCUUGCUGUCGACAUCAAAGCGGAGUGGGGUGCGCUUGCUCAGAGGUCCCUACAGUGUAGUGUCGACGAUAGGUUUGGCUUAAUGUUCCUUCUCGGAACUAUCGCGUUCUCUUCAGAUGCGGACCUAAACCUUCUGCGUGUCCUCAUAUCUUUCGCAAUGAUUCCUGAUAUACGGGCCAUACCUGCCCCUACACAUGCCGCCUACUUUCAUUUUCGAGUGGACGGAGCGCCUCCCGUAUCCUAUCUCAUAUCGCUUAUGGAGAAAGCACGAAUGCCGUUCACCGAGACCAGCUUCAAGAAACGUUCACAGCUAAUGAAAGCCGAAAACUUACACGGCCCCGGUGUCGAUAAAGCCUGCAAGUCACUGGCCAGCUCAAUAGUGGAGCAGUGGCCAACUUCCGACCUCGACCCGGAAGUAUUGGUCGCGAUUGAUCCGACAUGCCUCGACAUCGAACGGGCUCUGGCUGAUGUAGCUCCGGAAUGGACCCGCCUUACGCGCAAUCAUGAAUUGGCACGAUAUCUAGAGCAAGUACAGGAGGUACUCUUCCGGACGGAGACUGGCUCAGACGUCAAGGUGACUGCAAACGUGGAGCUGCUACCUUUGCCCCUGUAUUCCACAAGAUCUAGGGUGCACGAUGAUCUAUCGCUUUCGGACCUGUUGAAGGCUCCAAUCGUCAACAUUGAAGCGCCAGGGGAGGUGCGUUCUGUCGCUGUCGGUUCCUACGCCGGAGCUUUGGCUGUCAGAUCGGGUAACAUUGCGCAUCAUCCUGUCAAGACACAAAACUCCAUGAGCACUUUUCAAGGCAAGAAGGCAGGAUUUUAUCCUCGAGUACCCAACGCGCAGCCACGAGAGAUUGGAGCCCUUAGGAAUAUCGUCGCCAAUUUCAAAGACCCGACUUCUUUCGUGCAGUGCAGAUAUGCGAAAGAAAUGGACGCGAGCAUUGAUGCUCUCCAGAAGCAAAUCUCGCAUGUGCAGCACACAGCUCAUGGCACCCAUCCUCAGAUCACAACAGAGAAUAUCAUAUCGGUUAGAGACUCGGCAACAGCUGUAGUUGAACGACUCCGUAAUUCUCUCUAUCACCAUGAUCCGCAAGCAAAAUGGCUUGAGAUGGCAGAUACUUGGCCUAGGCUGACAACGGUGGAGCUUCUCACAGAGCUUCGAAUCGGAUCCGGCACCACUUUCGGUAGUGACACCAAAGAGGCACUCGUAGCUUUCGGUGUGGCUGUAAGCAGACUUCAACGACUACUUCGGAUACAAGAUGCUCAGAAGAGGGGAAAGAAUCAGCAAGAGCGGGAUGAAUGGGCAAAUGAAGGUCAUAGCAAUUGGAAUCCAAAGGACUAUGCAGACUGGCUACUGCUGGAGAUUGAUGGCGAUAUUCUCAUCCGAGAAGAGCAGGUACAAGUUGCUCUGGCGACGAUUUCACCGCAGUCGAACGAAAACUCAGUCCUGCAGCUCUUGAUGGGUAAAGGAAAAACGUCUUGUAUUCUCCCCAUGGUAGCAUCACUUCUUGCUGAUCGGACAAAUCUCUCUCGCGUCGUGGUCCCAAGGGCUCUCUUACUCCAGUCGGCGCAAGUAAUGCAAGCCAAACUAGGCGGAUUAGUCAAUCGCGAGCUCAUGCAUAUACCCUUUUCCCGAAAAACCCCUCCCACCAAAGCGUUGAUGAGUUUGUACGGAAAGAUUCACGCACGCUUGAAAUAUCGUCGCGGUGUGCUCAUUGCGUUGCCAGAGCAUGUGCUCUCGUUCAAGCUGAGUGGACUGCAACAACUCUGUGAUGAGAACCUCGAAGCAGCCUCCAUGAUGAUCGACACACAGCGCUGGCUUGAUCGGCAUACCCGCGAUGUUCUGGAUGAAUGCGAUGUUUCGUUGGCGAUCAGGACGCAACUCAUAUAUCCAUCCGGCACGCAGACGACAGUGGACGGCCAUCCGAUGCGCUGGCAAGUCAUCCAGGCAUGUCUCCACCUGGUGAAGGACUUUGCUUCAAACGUCCAGUCACGAUAUCCUCGCAGUAUUGAGGUAGUCAAUCGUGGCAGUAGUGGAUUUCCUCUCAUUUAUUUCCUGCGCAAAGACGCUGAGGAUUACUUGAUCGAGCUGUUGGUCAGGAUCAUCUGCAAGGGCCAGACUCCGUCGAUACUGCCUUGUGCGGAGUACCCAGCCGCUCUCGUCAAAGAUGUACAGGCCUACAUCUCGAAGCCAACUGUGCGCAGUCAAGCAGUCUCCAGGAUCACCAGCUUCUUUCGAGAUAAGCCGACUCUGAUGCGGGCUGUCAAUUUGCUCCGCGGAAUGUUUGUGCAUCGUAUCUUAAUCACGACCCUCCGCAAGCGCUGGAAUGUGCAAUAUGGUUUGCAUCCAACACGCGCACCGAUCGCGGUGCCGUAUCUAGCUAAGGGUGUACCAUCUCCUACAGCUGAGUGGGGGCAUCCCGAUGUUGCCAUCACCUUGACGUGCCUGUCGUUCUAUUAUCAAGGCCUGACUGGAUCCCAGUUCAAGGAGGCCUUCGCCCACCUAGUCAAGACGGAUGAACCCAGCAUCCAGUACGAGAAGUGGUUCCCCAAGGGCGUGGACAUCCCGAAAGAGCUGGAUGACUAUGCUGCCAUCAAUGCCGAAGACAUGCGGCAACUGAGCGAUCUCUACCAGGUCGUGCGCUUCAGUGCCUCCCUCAUGGACUUCUACUUGAACAACUUUGUGUUUCCUAAAUAUGCGAAGACUUUUAGCCUCAAGCUUCAGGCAUCUGGCUGGAACCUUUUCCCGUCCUUCCAGGGUACCACGGGGGCCCGUAUCACUGGCUUUUCUGGUACAAACGAUUCGAGGCACCAGCUUCCUCUGCUAGUGCAACAGCAAGAUCUUCCUCAACUAGCGCAUACAAAUGCGGAAGUUCCUUACUAUUUACUGGCGCCUCGCAAUCAGUCAUACAUACGCAUGAUCUUUGGGAAUGGAGCGCGGUGGACUGAAAAGGACCUGCUCGAGAACCUCGCUAAUCGCCACACGCAUGUUAUGAAGAAUGGUACCUACCAAACUCAUCAUCUUCCAAACAACCUGAGUAACUUCAACCAAGAUGGACGCAUACGAAUCCUGAUUGAUGCCGGUGCUCAAGUUCUUGAGCACUCAAACAAAGACUUCGCCAAAGCCUGGCUUGAUGCCGACCAUGAUGCCGCAGCAGCUGUAUACUUUGACGAUGAUCAUCGUGUAUGGGCAUUGUAUCGUACGGGAAGAUGUGUACCACUCGUCGCAUCGCCAUUCGUCGACGAUCUGGAUCGAUGCGUCGUGUACCUAGACGAGAGCCACUGUAGAGGUACUGACAUCAAAUUUCCACCUCACGCAAGGGCCGCCUUGACGCUCGGGCAACAUUUGACAAAGGACACAUUGGUCCAGGCUGCCAUGAGACUGCGGCUUCUCGGUCAAACCCAGUCGAUUACGUUCUUUUCUCCUGUUGAAGUCCAUCAGGGUAUACUGGAUCGCUUACCAAAGGGCACCAGUGAGUUCCAUCAACCCAAUUCAGGUGACGUCCUUCGCUGGGUGUUUGGCCAGACCUGCGACACUAUGGAACAGCUCGAGCCCUCCUAUUUCGCACAAACGUUGCAUUAUCUACAGCAAGAGCAAGCCCGGUUGGAAUAUCCCGAAUACCUGCAUGAUGAUUCAUCGCGAGAGGCUUAUCUGACAACGGUCCGCAUCAAGGAGGCUCUUUCACUGAAACAGCUAUACGAACCUAAAGGCGAGCGUCACCGGCGGGCUGGCCCCAACACGGCCAUUAUCGCAUGGAAGCCUUCGCUGCAGAGUAUCUAUAGUAAGCUUGUAACUCGCAAGAAACACUUCCAAGAUCGAGGUUCAGCCGUCCAUGCAUCAGCUUUAGAGGAAGUAGAAAUUGAGCAAGAGCGCGAGACUGAGCGCGAGAUCGAAGUCGAGGUGGAAAACGUUCGUGAAGUACAACAAGCCAUCCUCUUCAAUCCACACAAGACAAGAAAGCUGCAUGGAGAUAUUCGACGUUUCGCAGAGUUUGGACGUCUCGUUCCUGGAAGCGAUGCCUAUCAACCCAUGUUUUCGGUACUGGGACGGAUGACUUCACUAGGUCUCAAGCAUACGGUCCAUUCUUCGAUGAAGUCCGGUUCGUGGAUCUCAGCUGAAUUCUCUCGUACAAUCGAGGUUUACGCUCCCAACGACAAUUACAUCCGUUCCUCUCAUUGGGUUCUUUGGAGCACAAUCAGCCAGCAAGCGCUGCUUGUUAGCCCUGAGGAAGCCAACCAGCUCAUCCCGAUCAUGCAAGAACAACAAGUACUUCAAGACAGUGUCAACGUCUACCUCAUCAUCUAUGCUGCACCCGUCACGCGAAGGAUGCUUCAUUUCAACCAGCUUGACUAUUAUGCGAUACCGGCUCUGCCUGCAGACUUCAAAGCUCCCGUCUGGCUUCGGGUCGAGAUGGGAAUAUUCGCUGGGCGUCUCUACCUCGAGUGGGAUGAGUACUACCUAUUGCUGGAGUACCUUGGUCUCGACGAGAACCUAUCCCAACACCCCGAGAAGGAUGCAUUCGCAAAGAAGCCUCUUACUUUCGUACAUGAAUGGCUUGCUCUGCGCCGCAAGGGUCAAGACUUCGAGCACACCCCCAUGGGUUUCGUUACUACUGGCAAGCCGCUUACGGAGAAUCAUCCGUUCUUCCGCAAGCUCGCUCUGGGAGACGAUCCAGCUUUGCGUCAGCAUGUCGCCCGAGCCGUACCCGGCCAGCUCGAUGCUCAAGACGAGGAAGAUCUCGAUGACCACGACGAUGAGGAGGAGUUUGUGCCGGCUGUUGAGCACGUUGAUGACUCUGAGGGUGAGGACGAAGGUUUCGAGUCGAGCAGCGACAAGGCCUUCGUGGAUGCGGAGGAAGGGGAGUAG